AACCAAGUCGAGUCCCCCUCCCCAUAGACACCCCUCCGGGUGGGGGGGGGGCUUUAUGGCUCUGAACGUAGAAACAGGGCCUAAUGAAUCCCAGCCAGAGCUUUAACUAAAAGCAGCAGUGCAGCCCCUUCCCCAGAUUCUGUGACUGCCUGCGACCAGCUUGCCCUGCAGUAUGCAUUACUGCCUCCUUCAAUGCAGCUACGUUCAGACAUGCGUUAAGAGGACUGAGUUAACAGGAGCCAGUGUUUGAGGAGGAGGAGGAAAGGAGGGGGGGAGGGAGAGAGGUGGGGGAGCCAGAGCCGGCAGCUGGCCUGAUCUGCACUCCGAGGCAGCGGGCCGGAGUUGCAGCUUGGAGCUCCGUGCUCCACACCAGAUGCUUAGCGGCCCGUGCCGUCGCAGGAAGUGGGCGUGAGCGGCGGAGUCUCCGGGUCGCCUCACUCUGUCCUCCAACUGCAGCCACUGGGAAGCAGAGCUCGACUUGGGGAGACUUGGGCACAAUGGCCCAGCGGCAUGGAGGGACACAUUGAUUUUUACAAGCAUUUCACUUGGCUUAAAAAGGGAAACGUUCAAACCCCGGUGAGCAAUGAGGGCUACCAAGAACGCCUGUCACGCUUAGAGGGGGACAAGGAGUCCCUUGUCUUGCAGGUCAGUGUGCUCACAGAUCAGGUGGAGGCGCAGGGAGAGAAGAUCAGGGACCUGGAGAGUAACCUGGAGGAGCACCAGCACAAGCUCGACUCCACUGAGGAGAUGCUGCAGCAGGAGCUCCUGAGACGAACUUCGCUGGAGACACAGAAAUUGGAUCUUAUGGAUGAGGUUUCCUACCUGAAGCUGAAGCUGGUGGGCAUGGAGGAACAGCAACAGGGCAACAGAGAGGACAAGCAGCAGAAAGCUGAGUGUGUAGUGAAUCUGAUUAGCGAGCUCCAGGAGCAGAUGUGUAAGUUUCAGCAGGAGAUCAGUACCAGAAUCCAGGAGAAGCAGGCCCUGGAGUGCCAGGCUGGCCGUAGAGCCGAGGGGCCCCACGCGUGGUCGGUCCAAGGCCCGUGCAGCGCACCUGCUGAGGACCCCAGUCAAAAUAAGGGCGAGAACGCCCUCCUGCAGGAGCUCAGACAUCUGAAGAGUAAAGUGGAUGAGCUAGAAGGGGAGAAGUGCCAGUAUGAGAGGAAACUGAAGUCCACCAAGGCUGAAAUCUCAAACCUUCAGCAGCUCCUGGCAGCAAAAGAUGCUGAAAUCGAGGGUCUGCAGAAGCAGCUUCUAUCCCGGGUCCCGGCAUCUGACGACAGUGCAGAGAGAGAUCAGGAGCUGCAGAGACUGAGAAUUGGGAUGGAGGCUCUGCUGGCCGCCAAUGAGGAGAAGGACCGACGCAUCCAGGAGCUGGGCGCCCUUCUAGAACAGCACAGAAAGAUCAAGGAUAUCAUGGGCCUCGCGCAAGCCAAUGAAAAGCUGCCAGGUGGCAGUGAGGAGGAUCUCUCCAGAAGUGGGGGGCUGAGGGGUCUCACUAACAGAACCAGCAUGGAGAUCCUCCGCCUGGAGGUAUCUUCCAGGGGUUCCUCACCGCUCGUAGCCUCCCCAUCUUCUCUUGACUCCAGGAGUACACAGGUGUCUCCAGGGUCUGCAGUGUCCCCUGGGUCUGCAGUGUCGCCUGGCAACACCAGCUGCCAGAACGGACAAUGGACAAAAACACGGAUGCUGUCCUCCAGUCUAGAGGAGCUGCAGUUUGGACCUGUGCAGCUUGUGGCUGGGGAGCCAGUAGACUGCGUAUCGCCAGAGAUCCGACAUCCGGAAAGCGGCAAAUUCCAGACGCUUCCAGGGAAGCGGUGGCCGGCUGCACAGAAUGGGAGCAGAGAGACGCCGUCACCUGCGGCGCCGAGGGACGACGGCGACCUCAUCCUGAGGAAGACGGAGGCGAGGGCGUCGCCAGACGUCUCGGCCAGCUCGUCCGGCGUGGAUUCGGGCCAGAACUCGCCUGUCUCGCCCGAGCAUAGGAAGAACCAGAAGGGAAUCAAGAAGUUCUGGGGAAAAAUCCGGAGGACGCAGUCGGGCAGCCUGCAAAGAGACGAGCUGGAGCCCUCGGUGUUUAGGCGAGGGGGCCUGAGGGCCACAGCAGGACCCCGACUGGCCCGCACCCCCGACAGCGGCAGCUCCAUCCGGGACAAGAACACACCUUUUGCCAAGUGGACCAAGGAGCAGGUGUGCGGAUGGCUGGAGGACGAGGGCCUGGGGCAGUAUGUGAGCCUCACACGGCAGUGGGUCACCUCGGGGCAGACACUGCUAGCAGCCACGGCCCAGGACAUUGAGAAGGAGAUGGGAAUCAAGCAUCCCCUGCACCGCAAGAAGAUCCAGCUGGCCGUGCGCUCCUUCAGCUCCAAGGUGCCGGAGAAGUCGGCAGAGCUGGACCACAUCUGGGUGACACGCUGGCUCGACGACAUCGGCUUGCCUCAGUACAAGGACCAGUUCAACGAGGCGCGAGUGGACGGCAGGAUGCUGCAGUACCUGACGCUGAGCGACCUCCUCUUCCUGAAGGUCACCAGCCAGCUGCAUCACCUGAGCAUAAAGAGCGGCAUUCAUGUGUUACACAUCAACAAGUUCAACCCGAAUUGCCUGCGGCGGCGCCCGGGAGAUGAGAGCAAGAUGUCACCUUCAGAGGUGACCCAGUGGUCCAACCACCGCGUGAUGGAAUGGCUGCGCUCGGUGGACCUGGCGGAGUAUGCAGCCAACUUGCGAGGCAGUGGCGUGCAUGGAGGGCUGCUGAUCCUGGAGCCACGCUUCAACUCAGAGACACUAGCCAUGCUGCUGAACAUCCCACCCCAGAAGACGCUGUUGCGCCGCCACCUGGCCACCAACUUCGGCACGCUGGUGGGCCCCCAGGCGCAACUGGAGAAGCGGCAGUGCAUGGCGGCCUCGGGGUACACACCCCUCACAACCACCGCCAAAGUGCGGCCCAAGAAGCUUGGCUUCUCCACCUUCGGACAUCUCAGGAAGAAGAAGCUGGACGACUCAACAGACUACAUCUGCCCAGCGGACAUGUCGCCGGUGGCAGCCAACGGGCCCGUCCUCCCCUAUGCUGGCUUGCGGGGGCUCAGCCCCAUCUUCGACCGCGAUGGUGAGCGGCUGGAGCAGGCCGGACGGAGGAGCUGAUACACCUCCACCCAGCGUCCCAUGGCGAGCCGGACUGUUUCGUGUUUUACUCUCACUCUCUAUUACGUCACCUUGUACUCUGAAUACUUUAUAACCAUGACGUUUCACACAUUUACACGCUGUACGGUUCCUGUACAAACGUGACGCUCUUCGAUUAUCCUUACUGUUCAAACAGUUGGUGUGUGGUGGUCUGUGCAAUAUUUGCACACUGUGGGAUAUUUAAUAUUUAUGGUCAGUUGUAUAAUGUAAGUGAGUCAAUCCUACAUCUCUGGACAAGCUUUUAAGGAGUAUACGUUGUUAUUUUCGUAUAAGAUGGCCAGCAUAUUUUUAUAACCACUUGCUGUCAUAUAUUACAGAAAUGCAUACUGUUCCAAAGUCAUUGUGAAUAGUCUGUAAACAGGAAGUUACAAUGAUGAAUAAAUGUAAUCUGAGUUCUGAA